AUGAAUGAUCGCAAUAGUCAUACAUCGAGGCGAACCAUCGGUGGUCAGUCUGUGAGCCACGACUCGCAGGUGAGUGGAUCUAAUGGGCCGAAGACGUCAACGAACUCCAGAAGCGAUUGCAGAGAAAAGAGUGACACGAAGUAUAUUACGUACAACACUCAUGUCAACCGAAGAGUUGGUUACCAAGAGUACAACGGAUCCCAUGGUUUGCCGCCAAUAAUGGCCCACUCAUCACAUUUACGAUACAUGGGCUAUAAUAGUGAACAGUACUACUCAAUGGCCACUAAUCCCUACUACGGGUAUCCCUCCCGUCAGCCAUACUAUGGAUUCGCGGCCCAAACAGCCUAUGGCUCAUCACAUGACCCCAAUUGUCACAACUAUUCCGAUCCAAGUCCUAGAUCUGAGAAAUGCAAACAAACUUUAACUAUCGAUGAAAUCCGGAGAAAAGUGUCAAAGUUUCGUCCGUUUAUCAAAACUAAUGACUCGAAUAGCAGAACAAAUGGAUUUAAAUUCUCGAUAAUGUCUUAUAAUAUUUUGUCUCAAAACCUAUUGAAUGAACACAAGUACCUGUACCACCACUGCGAGCCCACACACAUUGAAUGGCCUCGAAGAGGUCACCUAAUUGUGAACGAAUUGCUUGAAUCGAACGCAGAUAUUCUCUGUUUACAAGAAGUACAUUCACAGCACAUCCGGGAGCUGAUUGGUCCGGAGCUCCAGAAAUAUGGCUAUAAUUUUGUCUAUGAAAAGAGAACGGGAAACUUAAUGGACGGCUGUGUCAUCGCCUAUAAGGAGAAUAUGUUUUCGCUCUUGAAAUCCACUAAAUUAGAGCUCAAACGCAAAGACUUGUCAGCUCUUUUAGACAGAGAUCACAUCGGAUUGAUAGUAGAGUUGAGACCAAAGUGGUUGAAAAGCAAAUCAAAGUUGUUUGUGGCCAACACUCACCUCUUGUAUAACCCAAAGAGAGGUGACGUCAAAAUAACUCAAUUGAGACUUUUGUUGGCAGAGUUGGACCGAUUGGCACUGAUUUCC